AUGGGCAAGCUUUCGAUGCCGAGUAAGGCCGAGAUGGCUGCACCUUUCCAGUCCAAAGAGGCUUUCAUAGAUUUCUUGAAGGCUCCUGAGGGCAAUGAAGGCCAUGCUGUGGUUGGGGAUUCAAGAUGGUCAAACAAGGACUUGGCACCAACACCCGUGAAAGACAGGACAUGGACAUGGUACAACUUACCUCUUUACUGGUUCUCUAGUCAGUUCUCCAUCGUUGGUUGGAACACUGGAAGUUCGCUGGUCACCGUUGGCCUCACAUGGCAGCAGUCCUUCAUAUCCGCGUGCAUCGGCUCAUUCCUCGCAUCUGUGAUCGUCGUCCUGAUGGCUCGUCCAGGAGCUAAAUAUCACAUCGGCUACCCAGUGCUCGCACGUUCAGUCAUGGGAAUGUACGGAUCAUACUUUUUUGUCUUCAUCAGGGCUAUGGUUUGCAUCGUCUGGUAUGGCAUCCAAACUUUCUAUGCCGGAAACGUCCUCUCUGUGAUGUUCCGCUGCAUUUUUGGAAAUUCCUGGAACAAUCUCGAUAACACGCUACCGCUGAGCGCAAACGUAUCGUCGAAACAACUUUUGGCAUUCUUCAUAGCGUGGCUCAUACAAUUUCCAAUCAUGUGGGUUCAUCCUAAGAGCAUCCACUACAUCUUUACGGUCAAAGGAUUCACCAUGCCGGUGGCUGCUUUCGCUUUAUUCGGAUGUGCCAUGAGUAUGGGUGCAGGACUAGGAGAUAUGGACAUUGCUUCAAAAGCCGGCGAGCUCUCAUCUUCGGUUACACCUCUAGGCUGGUCCAUCAUGUCUGGUAUCAACACAAUUUUUGGAGGCCUGUCACCCAUGCUAGUCAAUCAGCCCGAUCUUGCUCGCUACUGCAAGAAGCCUCGAGACGCUGGACUUCUUCAAGGCCUUUGUGUUUUCUUCCCUACAGUCCUCGUCUUCUUCCUUGGACUGGCCUCGACGACAUCUAUCCAGAUUAAAUGGGGAACUGCCUACUGGAAUGUUUGGGAUCUUCUCGACGUUAUCCUUGACCACCAUUUCAGCGCCGGUGCUCGUACUGGCAUCUUCUUCAUCGCGCUCGUGUUCUUCUUCGGUGUCUUUGUGACCAAUAUUGGUGCCAACUCACUUCCAUUUGGUGCUGAUAUGACAGGUCUGAUUCCCAAGUUCCUUACGAUUCGCCGAGGUCAGAUUCUGUGUGCGAUCUUGGGAGUGGUUGUCCAACCUUGGCAGCUCAUGGCCAAUGCAUCGGCCUUCCUUAGCUUCUUAGGAUCAUACAACAUCUUCAUGGCGCCACUCUGUGCAAUCAUCAUUGUUGACUACUUUGUCGUUCGUAAAGGCAACCUACACAUACGGUCAUGUUUCAGUGGCAGCAAGUCAGGCCUGUAUUGGUACUGGUCAGGCGUCAAUAUAGUUGGCGUGACCGCAUGGCUUCUGGGUACAACAAUGGGAAUACCCGGUCUCAUUGGACAGUAUCAACCAGAAAUCAUCAGCUUGGCGGCAAAGAACAUGUACAGGCUCGGCUACAUUCUAACUUUCACAACGGCAGCGACUGUAUAUUACGUCCUUAGGAUAUUCAUCAAGCCACGCAUCUUCCCCAUUGGACGAGAAGACUCGCCUUUACAGUGGGAGUGGCUAGCGAACGAAAGACGCGAGGGUUUCUACGAAGAUGAGAAGGAGGGUAUUGAGCUCUUCGCACCUGCCACGCCGCCUGCGAUGGAAGCCGAGGAGAUUCGGAUGAAUGGCAAAGCGUACGGACUGAAAGUCUGA